AUGUCUAACAGAAAGAGGCCCGAUUUAGCAGUAGAGGAGAAACAGCGAGUCCUUCAAUGGUUGCUGCAAUACAAUAAGGAUGGAGUUCCUAACAGAGGGGCACCAAAGGAAGCAACUGCAUUUUUCAACAUUUCAGUCAAAUCCGUCCGCAAAAUCUGGGUGCAUGCAAAGAAGCAAAUAGAAAGAGGUGAAGUAGUGCAUUUUCAAAACAAAAGAAAAGGUAAACAACAUGUAGAUAAAAUGAUGCCCGAUGAAGAAAAGAUUAGAGCACUUCCUGUUAAAGAGAGAAGCACAAUCAGAAGGAUGGCAGCCAAGCUAGGGAUAUCCAAAUCUCUACUUGGAGAGUGGAUUAAGGAGAAACAGUUACGAGCACACACAAGUGCUGUCAAGCCAUUUCUAACCGAUGACAAUAAGCUUGCAAGGCUUAGAUUCAGUCUAAGCCAACUAAAUUCUGCAUCAAUUUUGGAAGACAAACUGAAUUUUCAUAGUAUGCAUAAUGUAGUGCACAUUGAUGAAAAAUGGUUUUACAUGUCAAACACAUCGGAGAGGUAUUACUUAUUGCCCGAUGAAGAAUCAGCCAACAAACCACGAAAACAUCAAGAAUCAGAGAGAAUAUGA